AUGCCUUUCUCCAUCUCAGACAUGACCAGAAAAGAUGAGACCGCCGAGAAAAUUCCCACUAAAGGUAACGGCCCAGGCGCCUUCCUCUCUCCAUCUGGCUUCGCAACAAUCGUCUUCUUCCCCUUUACAAUCUGGCACAGCACACGCAAUUCCAAGAAAACAGUCAAAGCAAUGAGGGAAGCCAGACAGGAAGAAGCAGAAAGGAUCGAUGCUGAGAGAUGGGAGGAGGCAAAGGAGGCUGAGAAGAUGAGAAAGGUACGGGAGAAGCUUGAUGCCGAUUGA